UUUACAAAUGGACGCUCUAGUCAAAUUCCCAACCAUAGCUUCAUGCAAUUGGCAGGGAAUGAACCCCAACAUCACAAAGAAACUCACCAUCAGGUUCUCCCCCAGCAAAAGAAAGUGCAACUUGCACACACACACGCACAAAAUGGAGACACAACGACUCAGCAUGAAGAAGAAUGUCCUAAAAAAAUAUUGGGAUAGACAUAGAAUUUCAGCCAUAACAUCAAAAGGAGACCACAAUUCUCUCUCUCCAACAGAGAUCGUAGAUGAGUUCUACACUUGCAUCAACGAGAAAGAGCUGCGACAUUUGCGUGAGUACAUAUCCGAAGAUGCUUGCUUUGAUGACUAUACCUUCACCGCACCAUUCCAGGGGAAGACGGAAGUAAUGCGUUUCUUAGAACAGCUCACUGAUGGAAUGGGUCGGAAUGUGAAAUUCAGAGUGAGACGUGUAUACGAGGGAGAUGAUUUACAUGCUGCAGCUAACUGGCAUUUGGAAUGGAAAGAGAAACAGAUCCCAUUCACCAGAGGUUGCAGCUUCUUCAAGUUAUCAAAAGAAGGCGAAAACAUAAUCAUUUUGAGAGCUGAAGUAAUAAUUGAAUCACCAAUCAAACCUGGAAGCAUAGUUUUGACCCUGUUGAAAAACUUGACUUCAUUAUUUGAUGACUUUCCUAAAGCAACUGAGUGGUUUUUGAGAAGUCCACAUGUAAUAUUAACAUGGAUAUUGAAAAUUCAUAAUAUAUUUGUAGCACCUUUGAUUAAUCCACUACUAGAUGGCUACAUAAAGCUAUGGAGCGUCUUUGUUCGAUUGCUUACCUAUGCAAUCAAUAUUGUGAUCUUUAUUUCCAAGAUUUUCUUCAAAUAG